AUGCGACGCAUUUGGUUCAUAGCCCUCGCCGGGUGCUUGAUGCAAGAGUGCUGCCUUGGCUUAGAAGCAGACAGGCCAGUCGCGGGCGAGCCGGUGGCCACGUUCUCUCCCGUCGGGCCCGGCAAGGCGUUGCAAUUCAAGGUCAACAUCAUCUGCUCGCCCGUCAACCGGCAGGAACACCUCAUCUGGCAGCCAGCCAACAUGUUCUGCGUGCCGCCUCACGCGGAGUGCCUCGGCCAGUAUCACAAGUACACGUUCAAGGCACAUGUCCCGCGGCAGAGGGUGGACCAGUGUCGCAAAUUCUGCCGCUGCCUCCCCGUCAACAGCUUAACUCGUUAUCCUCCGCUGGACGAGGACUACGUACGGAAUCCAUAUAGGGUGAGGCCUGAGCGCCCGGCGCUGGGCAAGUGGAAGCCGCGAGAAAGCUCUGAUGCGGUGAUCCCAACUCGGACGGCGGUGAAGGACACGGCGCCUUCUCCGAGCUGCUCCGAGACGGUACAGAUGACGGCUAGUGGACUUCCGCGUUGA